GAAAAUAUUUUCAAACAAACGUCCCCUUAAAUUCUUUUUUAGAAAUGAUAAGUUUAGACUUUAGAGAAGUUGAAACAAAGAGUCCAAAAUUUCGAUGGUACCAAAGGAGAUCAUCUGAAAACCCAAGAUGAAAAAGGGUCUAUAAAAGGCAAGCACUCUUGUAUACCCUUUUACUAUCAUUUUUUCUCCUUACUCCUCUUUGUGUUCUCCGCCACUUCCUCUCUCUCUUUCAGAUCCAUUCUCCUUAGAUCCCAUCAAUGGCUUCUAUUACUGCAUCUUCCUUCGCUAUCUCUUCCUUCAAGCACAACCAGAUAUGUUUGAAGAGCUCCUCCCUUCCGAUCAAGGGAAUAAGCUUUCCUUCCCUCAGAAUGAAGCCAGCUACUCGCCGCCUCAGCAUUAACUGUGCGGCUAAACCAGAGACAGUUGACAAAGUGUGUGAAAUUGUGAAGAAGCAACUGGCUCUUCCCGGUGAUUCUGUAGUCAACGGAGAGUCAAAAUUUGCAGCACUUGGUGCUGAUUCUCUUGACACGGUUGAGAUUGUCAUGGGACUUGAGGAAGCAUUUGGAAUCACCGUGGAAGAAGAGAAUGCACAGACUAUUGCAACAGUUCAAGAUGCUGCUGACUUGAUUGAGGAUCUCGUUGCCAAGAAAUGUUGAGAGAGAGUUGAGCUGUAGUAGCCAAGUUAGGUCUGGUAGAAGGGAGGAUCUCGUUUUGGUUGAAAGUUUUCUCAUCUAUUUAGUCAAUUAUCAUUUGAUGGGUUAUAUGUCUCUCUUUAUGGGAGUCUAUUGCAGUGUUGUUCCAAUGAGCUUUGUCUUAGAUAAUAGGAUUUCUUUCAUCUGAGAGGAACUCUCAUUCAUGGCUUGUUUGUUUUAUGUUCUGUAAGACUCGUCGUAUUUAAGGUCAUCCUUUGUAUUA